AAUCACAUUUAGCUUGGCUUUUUUGUCAUUAAUUUCAAUUAAACAUGACAAACUUUCAUAUUGAUGAGAAUGCUAUGAUGGAGCUAGUUUGUGCAACUCAUAAUCCUGACGGUACAAACUUCAAUUCUAAUGUUGUUCUUAGUGCAAUUGAGAAAAUUCUCAACUCUGAAAAGGCCACGGAUAAAGAAGCCACAGGAGAGAUGCUAGAGGAGUUUGAACUCAAUUUUAGGGAGUUUUCUUUAAAAAUACAACAUCUUUGUUUUGAGCUAACAUCCAAGUCAUCAAGCAUGAUUGAUGGACACCUUACCACAAUAUGUCUAUUAAGCACACUAUCCGCGUAUCCAUGGGAGGCAAAGAUGGUGCUAAUGCUGGCAGCAUUUUCCAUUUGCAAUGGAAAACUCAACAUUUUUUCUCAACUACACUAUAGGAAAGGGUUGAGAGAGCAAUUGCCAAUCGUCAUGCAAAUGACAAAUUCAACAACAUCUAAUGACCCAAACCCAAUUGAUGAUUUGAUAAAGUGUGCCAUGGAUCUCACCAAAUGCAUUGUUGAGAUUAAUCAAUCAUCAUCAGAUUCCUUGUCCCAAUCAGUUAUUUUGGCAUUACCAAUGGCUAGCUAUUGGAUCGGGAGAAGCAUUGCUUGUAUUGCGACCAAUUGUGCUUGUCUUCCUCUCACAAACAUCAAGUUUCGAAGUGAACUGAACAUUAUAACGGCCAAGAUCAAAGAUACACUCUCCACUUGUUUCCCAGCACUAGAAGCAAAGAAAGCAGAGGAAUCUUAUAAAGCACUAAAACGUGCUUUAUUUCAUAACUCUUCUGAUAAAUUGGAAGUUUUAAAGCUAAUAUUCAACGUCAUUGAUGGAAAUGAAAUUUCACUUUCUACUCGACAGACUCCCGAGGUUGAGAAAAUUGGAUUAAAUUUUUUUGAUGAGGAUAAAAAAGUGGCUCUGCUACUAACAUCAGGCCUUGACAUCUCUAAUGAGAGAAUUCAGAUUCUCAAUAACUUUUACACAAAUUCCAUUUCAACUCCAUAUAUUCUUUGGAUCCCGAUUGUGGAUGAUCAUUUUUCGUGGUCUACUAAACAACAUAAAGAAUUUAGAGAUAAAAUGGAGUUUGAAAUAAUGGACGAUCCACAUAAAAGGAUUGCACGAAGCUUCACUAGAUUUGUCAAGGAGAAUCUCCUCCCACACUUUCAGAUUGGAGAGGAGCCUAUCCUCAUUUCACUAGAUCAACAAGGAAGGAUCAUUCAUAAAAAUGCGAUGCACAUGAUACAAACAUGGAGUCCUGGUUAUAUUGAAGAUAGAAAAUUGGAAGUUCAGGAACGAAACAAUAUAUUCCCUUUCAUCGAAAAGGAGAUGAAAGAAAGGUCUCAAGGUCUCGAUAGUUUGAUAUUUGACAUUGACGAACAGAUCAGUCAUUUGGCAGGUGAAGUUGAUGAAAAGAUAAAUGCUUGGACAAGUCAAAUUAACAACAUGAUAAAUAAGCUGAGAAAGCAGUCAAAUAUGUACUCAACUGAAAGAGAAAACGCUCUAUGGAAAAAAGAAAAAGAUUGGAGUCUUGGCCUUGUGGUUGGCGAAAUUGACUACAGAAUAACAUCUUGGAUUAGGGAGGGAUGUUAUAUUUUCUUAUAUGGAGGAAAUGACAUUAAAUGGGUUAGAGAAUUCACUUCCAAAGUACAUGAAGUACGCUUCAAAACAGAUACAGCCAUAAUGUUGAUUUACAUGGGAAAAAAUGAGACAAUAAGAGCAAGCAUUGAUGAAGAAAACAUGAGCCAUUUAUUACAUAGUUCCUACCAUUCUUGGAGGUUUUGGACAAGGCUUCGAAGUGCAUUACUGUCACGAAUCAAUUAUUUAUAUGCAACUAAUUGUCAUGGUGAUGUGUGCGACGAUGAAAUUGCACAAGGGUUCAAAAAAUUGUUGGGUUAUGAAUGUAAGGGUGCAAUAAUGGAAGGAUGGGCAUUGUUAAGCAAAGGGCAAAAGGUGGUUGUUUGUGGGCAAGGAGCUAAAAUGUUGAGGGUCAUUAAUGAGCAUGAGAGUUGGAAGGAAAACGUGGCCCUUAAAAGCUUUGACCAAGCAUUCAAAGACUAUUACAACAAGACCCUGCAUACUUCUUGUUCAUCAAAUAGCCAUUCUUGUUGUGCGUUUGAGUACCCAGUUACCUUGAAAGAUAUCCCAAUGAAAGAGAAAUGCCCUGAGUGCUUUCGUGAUAUGCAAAAGAUGGUGACUUUUACAUGCCAUCAUGGUGACAAUUGAUUACAAGCUAAGGCAUUAUAUUCAAAGACAGGCACAUGAGCAGCUUACCUUGCUUCCUAUGAUGCAGUGUGUAUUACCAUCUUGAGAGCCCAAUUACUUCUGAUCUUGUAGUCCUCCAAUUCUAGGUUUUGUUCUAUCUGAUUUGUAUGAAGUGUUUUAGUUCUAUAGUUUUGGUGAAAAUUUCAACCCCAUGUAUUUACAGUUUUUUUGUUGUCAA